AUGGUCAGGGCAUUAAAACAUCAUGAAAAGAAGCUUUUAAAGAAAGUCGACUUCCUUGACUGGAAGCAAGAUCAAGGACAUCGAGAUACCCAGGUGAUGAGAACAUACCAUAUUCAAAAUAGAGAAGAUUACCAUAAAUACAAUAAGAUAUGCGGUGACAUAAGGAAGCUCGCCCACAAGCUAUCACUACUCAAACCAACAGAUCCGUUUCGUAUAAAACACGAGCAAUUGUUACUCGAAAAGCUAUAUAAUAUGGGGGUUUUAGCCACCAAAUCCAAAAUCAGUGAUUUAGAAAACAAAGUUACCGUUAGUGCCCUUUGUCGAAGAAGAAUUGGAGUUGUUAUGUGUAGGUUGAAAAUGGCGGAGACUUUGGGAGAUGCCGUCAAGUUUGUUGAACAAGGUCAUGUUAGAGUUGGCCCCAAUGUGAUUACUGAUCCCGCUUACCUUGUAACUAGAAACCUCGAGGAUUAUUUGACUUGGGUAGAUGGUUCAAAGAUUAAGAGAAAUUUGCUUAAAUAUAGAAACAAGAUUGACGAUUAUGAGCUAUCAUAA